AUGAAGACAACGGCGAGGUGCCUGCUUCGGACAGCAAGUGGUCACCCGAGAGAGAGAGAGAGAGAGAGAGAGAGAGAGAGAGAGAGAGAGAGCACAAGGCUGCCCCGGUCCCCAGAUCCGGUACGUAUUCACGACAUCACCAAAGCAUCUUUGAAUAUGCGAGCGACAUUAGCCUCUUUCCUUGGGGCGAAGGCUGCAAUCAGAAUUUUCACCUGGAGACUGCACCUUCCAUUCUCUUUCCCCUUUCUCCAACCACCGACCCGUCUUUUUCCAUUUUUUCCCUCAAUCGUACCUCUCUCACAUUCUUUCCCAAGUCAACUCAUUCACUCGGAUUCCUUCACCAGCACAAUAACUGAACACCCUCUUCACCGAUCCAUCAAGAGGAAGCACGAAGGGUCAGACCCCGUCAACGAGAGUGACAAUGUCAACACCAGUCUCGCCGACACCGAUAUCCCCAAUGCCAGCGACAACGCGAACCUUCCUGCUCCCACUUCCAUGGGCUUGGCAAGCCAGAAUGUCAACACCUCUCCCGACGCUGUACAUGAACAGCCUACUACUACCACAACGCAAGAUGCCGCUUCAGCUAGCGGUGAGCACCGAAAGCUCCAUGGCGACGGACGUUCCGCAUCAGCCACUCGCGCCAAGAAGCCAGCUGUAGCAGCAGCAGCAGCUCCAUUCGGCGACCGGCUGCGAGACCGUUUUUCUGGCCGACUCGUUCGGGUACCCCAAUACCCGCCGGGCUACUGGACCCAUGGCUGGUACGUCUGUGAGGUUCCAGGAUGUGGCCGUCGGUUCACGCUCAUGAGCUCGCGCGCUCAACACUACAAAUAUUAUCACCCCGUUACGAACUGA